AUGAAGUUCCUCGCUUCUCUCGCUCUGCUCGUCUCCGCUGUUGCGGCCAGCCCCAUCCAAGCUCGCGAUACCGCUAAGAGCUUCUACCUCAAGACCUCCGGCGCUGCCAACGACGCUCACAACAACCUCUACGUCUACGCCUAUCACACCGGCGCUGGCUUCAAUGAUGCUGUGCUCACCUCCGACACUUCCAGAGCCAGAGCUGUUACCCUGAACGGUACAAACGCUCAGUUCGACUUGGGCACCACUUUCCCCUGGGGUUUCAAGAUGGGUGCCAACACCAACUAUGCUUCAUGGGAACCCGUCCAGAUCAAUGUCGGUUACGGUGACGAAGGUUUCUCGGUCAACGGUACGAGCCUUCAGUGGUCGGAGCAGAACGGUUUCGGCGGCUGGUUGGUCUGCGACUGGUACCACAACGCUCCUCAGCUCUUCUGGCUCUACAAGUACCUGCCGGCCACGAUCCCUUCCUCCUGCGACAAGGUCGACCUCACCGUUGAAUAUACCUCCUAG